GCGACCAAAAAUUACUUGGAGUGUGCUAUCUAAAUCAUUUCUAUGUGGAUUGUUUGGGGGAAGUUUGUAUUUAAAUCUUUACCUCGAGGCUCUGGCUUUGACGUCGGCAACAUUUAUGUUGGCCAUGGUCAACUUAGUUCCAGCCAUUACCUUCAUCAUGGCUGUAUGCUUAGGAAUGGAUAGAUUAAAUUUGAGGGUGGUAGAAGGAAAGGCGAAAGUGGUAGGAACAAUAAUGGGAAUUAGUGGUGCAAUGUUGAUGCUUUUUCUCAAAGGUGCAGAGAUUCAUAUUUGGUCUUCCAAUAUCAACCUUUUGCAUCCACAUCACAACCAAAAUGAACAAAUGGAAUCUCACCAUGCUGACCUUCGUAAAAAAUUGUUGGGUGUUUCAAUUGCAUUAGCAAGCAGUUGCUCUUUCUCUAUGUGGUUUAUCAUUCAGGCUAAGUUGAAUGAGGAAUACCCUUGUCAUCACUCAAGUGCAGCUUUAAUGACCACAAUGGGAUCCAUUCAAGCAACUGUCAUUGCUCUUUGCGUAGACAGGGAUUGGAACCAAUGGAAGCUAGAAAACAAUCUAAGGAUUCUUACUGUUGUUUAUCCGGGAAUUGUGGUGUCUGGAUUAGCUGUUAUCAUGAUUGCGUGGUGCAUAAGGAUGAGGGGACCUCUAUUUGCGUCUAUUUUCAAUCCUUUACAACUCUUACUUGUAGUUAUAGCUGCUUAUUUAAUGUUGGAUGAAAAAUUAUACUUGGGAAGCAUGGUUGGAGCAAUGAUGAUUGUGUGCGGACUCUACGCCGUACUUUGGGGACAAAGCAAAGAAAUGAAAAAGAAAACAAAGAUAUCAGUAGAGCCAUUAGAAAUCACAAUAAAGACUGAAAAUGUUGAGCUUAUAUUUCUCUCUCGAGAUGACGUGUUAGCAUGGACACAGUCUAUUGAUAAAAAAUAUUGUAUUAUUGUUGUUACUGUUCGCUAUGAUACCACAAUGAGAUUAGAGAGAGGAAAGAUAAAUUGA